AUGGCACCUAAGCGUAAGGCCACCUACUCCACCAAGGGAAAGGGGCAGGCAACUCGUGGCCAGGGGACUGGGAGCAGCAGGGACACCGAAGGGAAUGUCAAUCGCCUUCCUGAUCCUGGAACCGACUCUGACGAAUUUGAACCCGAAGCUCAUACUACAUCCGACUCUGAUGGAGAGUCGAUCCAUGAGGCGACUGCCACCACGGAAACCGGCAAAUUGCGGGCUAUUCCAUGCAUCCCAUGCUUGAAGCGCAUGAUCAAGGUGCCCUCCAACGGGCGCCCUGAGCCAUGCCUCUUAAGAAAAGGCGGGAAUUUCACAGCCUGUAAAGCGUGUGCUGAGAAAGGUUUGGGGUGCAAAGGUCUCGGAGAAUAUGUCGAUCAGCCCCUUGAACAAUGGGAUGACCACAAACGUGAUGAAUUUGUCAUAAGCUUCACAAAUUUGGCGAUGAGAGUGAGACGUGCUGCCCAGCAAAUUCUGAAGAACCAGGAAGUUGGAGAAGACUGGGAGAAGCUGACCCAGAAAGUCCAGAAAUAUGUCGACAAGGUCGAAGCAGAAAAGGCAAAGCAAGAGGCUCACAAACAGAAAGCCAAAUACGACAAACUCCGCGAGGAACUCGAAGAAGCAAAGGCGGAGCUGAAAAGCAUCCGGGACUGGAUCGACGCGAGCCCCAAGUUGUUUGUUCCAAAGAGUGUCAGUGAUGAGUGGUUCGUUCGGUUUGCAGCUGGUGCUAAGCUUCUUGGGGAGAUGUACCCCGAGGAGCUCCAAGAGAGGGUGAAUGAGAUUAGAGAAGACCUGGAAGCGGGUGAUGCAGGCACUGAUGAUGGUGAUGCUGCGGACGAGGAAGAUGAUGAUGGCGGAAUGAUGGUGGAAUAA